UCCCCCGUAAGAACUUUGAAUUAUCCAGUGGUACAUUCCGCUCGAGCUUUCGGGCACAUUGUCACUGGUAGUGGAGACUUUAUUUUCUCAAGCUCGAAAUAUGCAUUGACGUUAAAAACGUAUUUCUUGGCUCAUGCAUGUCCGCAGAGGCACGGUAUUAUAUUAUAGUAUAGCGAUUAGCUAGCUAACCGCAUUGGAUACAGUAAAGUCACUAUCGAAUUCCAGGAUGAUCGUUACUUAUUGUAUAAGAAGGCGAUUAAGUCUCCUUAGGCGAGAGACUGUAACUGUCUCAUUCCUGCAUGAACUGCUAAGGUUACCUCAGCACUACCGACGUACCGUUCUCUCUCACUACAGCGAAGGGACCAGCAACGACGUAGCAGAUCCAGCGAGCAUGCUGCUGCAGCUCUGCGGUCGCCACUAUUACAUUGCUCCCGGUGCAAUCCACAGUGCGUCCCUUAAGAAGGGUAGAGGUUGCGGGUAUGGACCCCUGGGCUUGGAUCUUAAGCAGAACGUGUUGGAGCAGUGGUGGACUUCAGUGGUGCGGUCAAGGGCGCAGGUGUUUGGCAUCAGUACACUGCACAGCUCCAUGGAUGGGGCCGCGGUGAAGAUGAUCCAGGGUGAUGCUGUCCGUGAUAUGCACAGCCAAACGGGUUUGACGGAAGAGCAUCUGGCGGAAAGACUCCGCCAGAUUCUCCAGCACAAGGAGUUUUUUCGGACAAGCCUUCUCCAAGGUGCUCUGGAGCGCUAUGUCCCAUCCAUGGAGCUCGUGAACAGGAAGCUGCCGUUUGGCCUGGCACAAACUGGCUUGUGCUACCAGCCAGAAACAGCAGAUUCAGAUGCAGUUGGUUGCUCCUCUGAGGUGACGGAGGCCUGUCUGGUGUGGUUCUGCUCCCCUCGCACCUCUUCCCAGUGGCUGGACUACUGGACGCGCCAGAGACUACAGUGGUGGAGAAAGUUCGCUUUGGGGCCGUCUGACUUUAGCGUGCGCAACGUGUCUGGGGAAGACCUGAGGCAGGGCAUCCCCUAUGGCGUGGAGGUCCUCUACCAGUUCCCCUGGGGCACGGAGGUCUUGGAAACGCUGUGGAACCUGGGAGACACUGAACUCCUGAACACUCACCAGCACAGUAAAGCCCAACUACAGUGCAAGGACGGGCGGAAGGUGGUGCUGCCUCACGUCAUCGCCGUCACUGCCAACAUGGACAGAGGAGUGCUGGCCUACCUCUCUAACUCCUUACAGCAUGUACAGAAAAUGGACAACAAACAGAGGCUUCAUCAAAGAAAGGUUCUGAAGCUGCAUCCUGUUUUAGCGCCUGUUAAAGUUGCCCUAGACAUGGCUAGAGGACCAACCUCUGAGCUCAGACAAGUCUGUGAGGGCUUGCUUCAGGAAUUCCUAGAGGUGGGAAUCUCUGCCUGGCCGGGAUAUAUGGACACUAUCGCUUCCAUGGAGCGCCAGCAUGCCAAGUACGAUGAGAUGGGCGUGCUCUUUGUGUUGACCAUUAGUGAGAGCACUCUGGAAACCGGGCUCCUGCAAGUUCGGAACCGUGACACCACCAUCAGAGAGACCAUGCACAUCUCCGAGAUCAAGCCGUUCUUCCUUAAGUACAUAUCCGCUGCGGGAAAAGUUUGAUUCGCUUGCGUAGCCUGUGGAUUGUCUGAUUCAAAGCGGGAUUAUGGAACCAGAGCCAUUGUGUUACCUUUGAAAUCUUGAUUACCAAUGAUUAUGGUUGGUGAGAUGGCAGGGCCUGAUCCUAGAUCAGUGUGCCUUUUCUCAUGUUUGACACACACAACCCUGAUUCUCAGUGUUGACUACCUUUUGAUAUUAUGAGACUGGGUGACAUGCUGGGAGAGCAUUGACUAAAAACCUUGUUACUUUGGAGUUUGUUAUUUGAUGUAAGAUGGUCAAAUACAUGGUUGAAUAAAAACAUGAACACUUCUGUUUUAAAA